AUGAAACUCAAACUUCAUGGAUUAAUUCCUCCAAGCGACAUUACUCAUAAAUGUAGAGAUUUGCCAGGGCAGAGCUUUGAUGCAGAGCUCUCUAACCAUCAACUGUUUGCAGUUCAUCAGGUGGCAGAACGUGUGGAGGCACUGGGCCAGUUUGUGAUGAAGACCAGGAGGACCCUGAAGGGCCAUGGAAAUAAAGUUCUCUGUAUGGACUGGUGCAAAGACAAGAGAAGAAUUGUGAGCUCUUCCCAGGAUGGGAAGGUGAUCGUGUGGGAUUCCUUCACUACCAACAAGGAACAUGCAGUGACGAUGCCGUGUACCUGGGUGAUGGCGUGUGCAUAUGCCCCAUCUGGAUGUGCCAUUGCUUGUGGUGGCCUGGACAACAAGUGUUCUGUGUACCCUCUGACAUUUGACAAAAAUGAAAAUAUGGCUGCAAAGAAGAAAUCGGUUGCAAUGCACACAAACUACUUGUCUGCCUGCAGCUUCACUAACUCAGACAUGCAGAUCCUGACAGCAAGUGGAGAUGGAACUUGUGCUCUGUGGGAUGUUGAGAGCGGGCAGCUUCUACAGAGUUUCCAUGGUCAUGGAGCGGAUGUCCUGUGCCUGGACCUGGCCCCGUCUGAAACGGGAAAUACAUUUGUCUCUGGGGGAUGUGACAAGAAAGCCAUGGUUUGGGAUAUGCGGUCUGGUCAGUGCAUCCAGUCAUUUGAAACCCAUGAUUCAGAUAUCAACAGUGUCAGAUACUACCCAAGUGGAGAUGCUUUUGCCUCUGGUUCAGACGAUGCCACGUGUCGUUUAUAUGACCUUCGUGCAGACAGAGAAGUCGCAAUUUAUUCCAAAGAGAGCAUCAUUUUUGGAGCAUCCAGUGUGGACUUCUCUCUCAGUGGUCGCCUACUGUUUGCAGGCUAUAACGAUUACACCAUAAAUGUCUGGGAUGUGCUGAAAGGGUCCCGUGUAUCCAUUCUGUUUGGACAUGAAAAUCGUGUCAGCACCUUGCGGGUCUCUCCCGAUGGGACGGCGUUCUGCUCGGGCUCCUGGGACCACACUCUCAGAAUCUGGGCUUAACCUGUACACAGAAUCAAAUGAAGACUGAUACCCUGAGCUACAACAACUGCAUAAAAAAGCCACCCCUCAAAAUCAAAUAUUUGCUACACUGCAAAAAAGUGACACUGAACCCACACGUUAACACAACUAGGUAGAAAAUGUAAUCUGCUUGAACACAUAGCAAACAUCAACUUGUAGUAAAAUGAAAUGUUUUUAAUUCUGUUUUGAAACUAUCUUCUUUUAUUAGAACUAGUUUAAAUAAUUAUAAAGGGACUUUUCUCUGAAGUCACCUGUAUCAUAGAAUUGAGUAUUUCAGUGCGCAUUAUGUAUUUAUUUGCAUGAAUUGAGUUCCUUUUUGAAGUUCAAAAAAAAAAAAAAAAAAAGAAAAAGCGAUUCCUGAUUUUAUCAGGAUGUAGCAUGACUCUGGAAACAUUCCAUUGCAGUGCAUUGAAUUUUGGUGUUGGAAAGCGGAAAAAAAAAAAUUCUGAUACUUCAUGAUGGCGUUAUGGAUGACUGAACC